AUGUUACGGCGGCUGUUUCAAACCUCGAGUAUCAAUACUCAUCAUAUGAAACGGCAAUCAGCUAGUAUAUGCUUUGUUGAACCGCGCUCAGUCAAUCAAAGCCGCCCCCCAAAGAGCCUUUGCGUUUAUGAAAAGGAUGCAGAUAGCGGAGGAAUUGGGUUCGAAAAUAGAUGCCCUGGAUGUGCAUGUGGUGUGUCUAGCGCCACGUUUGAACCAAAUAAAGAGUGGUAUAAAGAGUGGUCAACUUUCUAUGCCUCGGCCCCUGAGAUCCAUCGAUACUGGAAACAAAUGGUUUGCAAAUAUGACUGCAUGAAGUAUAUCAAGCUGAUGCGGGAUAUUAGCGAGGCAGUGUGGAAUGAGCAAACGAGCAGAUGGCACUCACACAUCUGCGAGAAGGUUCGAGAUGUCGACAGCGGCUCAACAUAUUCAGACCAAUGCGAUCUGCUGCACAAUGCUAGUUGGGAUGAGAGCUAUGAUUAUCUCUCAGUAAUCAGGAGUGGCUCCAGUGACAUCCAGAUUGUCCCUGCAACGUUACCAAGAGUGGCUCACCUUGAUCACUACAUAAGGGACAUCGAACUAGAACUACAGUCUGUCCACGGCACCACUAUUAUAGAUACACCGGAGCAAGCUGAGGCCGAGGAAGUAUUCCUGAAGAACUUGAGGCGACGGCUUUCAAGAAGGCCGGAGCUUCUUGGUAGCUUAGUUCCGCCUUUCCCACCCGCCUGCCGCCGCUUGACACCCGGACCAGGCUACCUCGAAGCGCUGACAGAAGAUAAUGUCAAUAUCAUUAGCAGCAAUAUCGUCCAAGUAGAUGCCAAUGGAAUCGUUACAGCCGAUAGGACGCAUCAUCCCACUGAUGUUAUAGUUAUCGGAUGUGAAGGUGUCACCCUGGCAGGUCGUUGGGAGAAAACUCCUGAGGCAUAUAUCUCGAUAAUGGUCGAUGGAUUCCCAAACUACUUUAUCAGUCUAGGCCCGAACGCAGCUCUGGGCGAAGGCAACCAGCUACCCUUGAUUGACCAGACUAUAGAUUACUUUACCUUCUGCAUCCAGAAGACGCAGCGAGACAAUAUACAGGCGAUAAUCGUUAAUAAAGAGGCCGUCAAUCGUUUCCCGCAGCAUUGUGGUCAAUACUUCUCCCAACCUGUUUUCAGGCAGAAGCGUCGUAGAUGGUACAGAGCCGAAGAUGGAAGGAACACUGACCCAGGGAUAGGAUCUUCUCUUCAUUCUCUGAAAGCACUUGCAUAUCCACGAUGGGAAGAUUUCAUGUAUGGGUAUACGGAAGAUGAGAAGAACGAAGCCAUCCAGGUUGGUUACUUAGAUGACGAUCAUAUUGAUUUCCCGCGGCAUUUAUUGAGUCCUGCCUCAGUGGAUGUGGGGGCGUGA